AUGGAGUCACCUGUAGUUUUGGAUAAGCCGCCUGAAUAUCGUUAUGAGCGCGGUUUCCCGUUUGAUGAGGAGGAAGGCAGCGGAGCGUGGAGCGAACUCGCGUCCCGGCAUCCGGAUAUAGCGGCGCGCCUGAGACAGCGGCCGGCCACCUGGGCCAGGAAACGACGACCGUCGAGUCAGGACGGCAUUGAUGGUGUUGUAAAAAAACGUUUCGUUAUUGCAGAUACAGCCGACUUCGGUGGAUUUGACAGAUUCCCAUUUGACGAUAUACCGCCAGAGUUUAGAGAACACUUCCCUUCACAUUGGAACAGGAGAUUUGGUCCCAGAGACGAGCAGUUUCAGCCAGAACCACAAACUCAUCAGCCACAAUCGCCAUCGCAACAGACAGCGGCCACACAGACUGAACAAGACGUAGGAUCUCCAACAGAGGAACAGGUUCCCUUGCCACAAUACGGUUUAAGAAAUACUGUCGAUCUAGGACAGAAGAGUGCGACUGACCCCAGUGUAGUUGAUGCAGACGAGAGGACUCAGAGGUCAAUGUCAGCACCUCCCGACCAUCGCACUGUGAAUCAGAACAGCCACAAGAUGAGCGGUCAGAAUCAACAGGAUCAACAUCAUCCACAGUCUGAGCAGUCUUCUAAUGUCAGACACAUACCAAUAUUUGUAGAGGGCAGAGAUGAACCAGUAAUAAAUAAAAAUGUAGAUCAUGGAACUCAUUUCGCUGAUACAAAGCCUACAUACGUGCCUCCCCCACAGCCACAUAUCGAUAGAGAAAACUAUUUCGCAGAUGAUGGGCCCGUAGGGUUCCCAUUCGCAAAGAGCUUUGAGAGACCAUUCUUUAGACAAUCAGCUCAACCGUUCUCAAAACAGAAGAUGUACCCUCAGUCUGCAUUCGCUCGCGGCGCCUCACCUCAGAGAUCCCAGUCACCGAAGCCACAGAAUUAUCAGGAGCAGACUUCACCCAAAGCUGAAACUCCGUCCAGGCAACAACAGAAACCAUCUCCCCAACAGAGGCAGGCUCCUCAACAGAAGGCGACACCGCCUCAGCAACGCGCCACUUCACCGCAGGCUCCCCCUCCCUGUAACCAGAAUCAACCUCCUCCCCAGUGCAACCAAACACCACCACCUCCCCCACAAGCUCCUCCAGCCAAUGACCCCAUUUCCCAGAUUCUCAGUAUUCAGACUGACGUCCUGAACCUAAUGACAGAAGUCGAAAACUUUAAAGGGGCCAAAAACGACAAACAAUACCUAUUCCUAGAUGAGAUGUUAACAAGGAACCUAAUCAAAUUAGAUAAUAUAGAAACAGAAGGAAAAGAAAACAUAAGGCUGGCUAGAAAAGAGGCGAUCAAAUGUAUACAGAAAUGCAUAGCUGUCCUCGAAGCGAAGGCCGAGAGCAAUGCUGCCGCUGCUAAAGCUGCCAACCAAGCUCAAGAUGUUGAAAUGAAUAAUCCUGAAAAACCAAAUGUUCAAAAUGGUGAUGUCGAAAUGAAAGAAACAACCAAAGAAGAAGCAGUAGCAGAGCCUCAACCAGAACCACCAACACCUGCUCCGGAGGCACAAGUACAAAACGAGGAAGAGAUUAAAAUAGAACAAAAACCUUCAGAGGAAAAGAAAGAAGAAGUGCAACCUGAGAAGGUAAAGGAACCUGAGGAACAACCACAAGCAGCCGACACGCGACCCGAAGAACCUAAAGAACAAGACACAAAGCAACCAGAACCAGUACCCACUGAAAACGUGAAGAAAACCACCCCUAAGAAAACUGUAAAGAAACGCGAUAAAAGUAAAGAGAACAAGGAAAAGAAAAACGAAGAAGUCCUAGAACAGAAAAAAGAUGCGGAAAGUGAAAAGGAAAAGGAAGAAAAACAGACCGAGGAAAUAAAAGAAAACGUUGAAAAUAUAGAAAAGGACGCUAAAGAAAAUGUUGUCAAAAGUGAUGACAACAAAGAGAACGUAGAAACGAUGCAAAUUGACUCCAAGGGUGAUUCAGAAAAGGCUAAUUCUCAAGAAAUGGAAGUGGACGCUGUCGCUAGUCAAUAA